GUUUAUUUACGUUCGCCAUUGCGACGUCGGACGGAUUGAUUGACCGCGGAUCUGCGCGCAGUGCUGGAGUGUCACGGGAACCGCGACGCAAGUCUCUUCGAGUUACACGAGCGCAGCGAGGUACGCGCGCCAGCUGACGAGGCGGAGGAAGACGGAGGAAGGUGCGGGAGGUAGAAGCGGCGGACGCCGAUUUGUCACCCACGUACGCCCGCCAUCGCCGUCGCGCGCUGCAUCGUCCUGCGUCGUCAUCGUCGUCGGCCGAUCGCGCGGCUCUAACCCAAACCAAGACCUACAGUACCCGUCCUCGAACCGUUUUCUGGCAGGACCUCCCCAGGCUUCAGGCGCACCCGCGCGAGCCCGAUGCCGCGGCAUCGUCGCUGACGACAGCUCUCCGCGAAGAAGAGGAACAUGGGCGACGAGGACGACGUGCUGCCGGCUCGUCUACAGAGGCUCGAGAUCGACCGUCGCUCGACGAGCUGUCCCCACAUUGCAAUGGCAGACAAAUCGAAGCCAAUGAGUAUUUUCAGGAUACGCGGCUUUAAUUGCAACAACCAUUGUUUCUUUCGAAGAAGAUCCGUGCCUAACAAGCCUACCAUGUUCCCAAUCAACCCAAGGGGUAUCAAGAGUACAACGAAUUUUAAGCCGUCUAAGAACGAGAAAACGGUCGAGAGGACCAAAAGGAGCACCAUCCUAAGGGACGCCGUUCUAAAGUUGAGCGGAUCCAGUACCAGCGGUCCUAGUGAUAACCCAGUAGACACGCUAUUCAAUAACACGUGUAAACUCAGUAUUCCCAGUAAAAAUUCCAAGAUAAUCGAUCAUAACUCGGUCAUGAAGGACUUCAAGGCACUGAAAAUUAGUAGAGACAAUAGACAGAUAAAAGACGAUGCUAGUAUUCAGGAUGAUGACUGCGAGAGCGUGGGCAGUUUCCAUCGUGCUCGUAGUAAUACGAUGCCGAAUCUAAAGAGAGGUCCCGGGCCGGGUGGUGGAGACCAGCGGACGACAACGAGCGGCAACAACGGACAGACUACUACGGCGGAUGCUAGCGGCGGCUUACCUGGUCAACAACAAUUGUCGAGUUCACCGAAUACCUGUUCGGUUCAGGCACGAAUAUCGCCACCUCUCUCGAGCGACGUGACGAUCGGCGAACUCGCCGGCUACUUCGAGGAGUUCGUUCAUAUUCCAAAGAAGAUGUCGCACAUGGCGGAGAUGAUGUACACUUAAUAAUACACUGUAAAGUAUCUUGCAUACACCGAACUUUGCCGACUUUCUUUUGUACACAGUUCUUCAUGCUGUGUACACUUUAUUCUCUAUAUACGAUAAUGCAUCUUUUUGUUUACGCGUCUCUAAUUUAAUUAUCCUAAAUUAUUUUUUAACGUACUACUAAUACAUCGGCAAAAAGAACGUUUACUCUCGCGUUAAUUGUGUAUAGUGAAAUUGUUGAGCUAUUUUGUAUAAACAUUUGGAAAAGCGAGAUAACGAUGUAUCUUCUUCUUCUACAUUGUUUUUUCUUUUUUUUACAUCAUCCUUGCACACGAUAUUUGGUUUCUUUAGUGUAUAAAAGGGAAAAUGGAAUAUAUUAUAUUGUGUUUAAAAGGAAAACUUUUGUAUUACGAGAGAAGAAUAAUUGGUUUUAGAAUAAAUCGCAUGAAUUGAAA